AUGAAAAAAGAAGCCAUAACACAAGUUGGUGACGAGAUGCGUAGGAAGCCAACACACAAGUUUUCGCCACGCGUUGAGUUCUGCGAGUGGAUAGGGAGAAGAACGUCGCAGAUGGAGAAACAGCGACGGCACGGGUUUGGGUGUGGGUGUGGUGUGGGUGUUAGUGUGGGUCUGGGUCUGGGUUUAAAACAUUUGAAAGCCAUUGACGUCUGCAAAUCAGUACUAGACAUCCCUAUUUUCAAAUACAUCGUGGAAUUUAACAAAAGGAACUUGCUAUCUCAGGGCAGCACUGGACGAGUUAGGCAAUAUAGGAUCUUAGUUAUUGGCCUGAGCUUGCCUUUCAUCUUUAUUGGAUGCACGGAGUGGGUCGACAGUGAUUGUGAUACAACUGGUGCUUCUCAAAACCAUGAUGCACAACAGCCAGUGAAAAAACAAACAAGGCAAUGGGCUGCUUGGACACGUCAAGAGGAGGAAAGCUUCUUCACUGCAUUACGCCAAAAUUUUGAGAAGAUCACCUGUCGUGUUCAAAGUAAAAACAAGGAUCAGGUCAGACAUUAUUAUUAUCGCCUUUUGAGGCGUAUGAACAAGUUACUGGGUCCUGGGCUUUGUCUUGAUGCCAAAAACUCUAAAGAUACCAAUGCUGCAAUGCUUCGAUGGUGGUCUUUACUUGAAAAGUACAGCUGUAAAGCCUCAAAACUUCACCUGAAGCCUCGAAGGUUCAAGUUAUUUAUAGAGACCUUGGAAACGUCCAUCUCAGGGGAAAAUUGUUCUUCCUCAGUUCCAACCUCAAAUCAAGGCAGAACAUCAGGACAUGACGUUCAUGCAGUUAAAUUAGUCCUUCUUGAUGGGCAGAAUGUACAAAAAUUAGGUUCUGGAAAAGGAUCUUCAGUGAGGCGCAGUAUAAAUGUAGGAGCAAAUUGUAACAACUGCAAGGCGGAUGCUUCCCCCCCAAAACAGUGCGGCAGAGGCGGAAAACAGGCGGGUGCCACUAGAGUGUACCAACUGCAGUCCAACCUAGGGUGUAAUGGCAGGAAGUCAAUGAAGCAGUCUCAGUAUCAUUGUCCAAGGAUCGAACUUGGAACCUGUCACCGAACUCAGCAGGAAUUGAGCCUUCUGACUGCUAGGCUGCCACCUGUUUUGGUGAACAUAAGACUUGGAUGGAGUACAAAGAGCAAAAAGAGAAGAUUUGAAUCUAUUAACUCCAGAAAAGAGAAAUUGUAUAACUCAUUUAGCCUUUUGGGGCAUAUUAUUAAAUGGCUUGCCUAUAAUUUAUCAACUGAACCAACUUGUGGUCCUACCUCGACGGCUGCAUAUAAGAAAUGGGAAAAGGCUGCAAUUGCUGGAGUUUCAUUGGUUGCUGAUGCUGCCGAGCAUUUGGAGCGAACUACCAUGGAUAAAGAGGUUGAUAUACAAGUGCAAAAGCCUUUUGUUCCUGUGGGAAAAGACUUCCCUACCUUGCCAACUUCUUUGCCAAAUUCUUUGAUUGAUGGUAACAUGCAAAGUUCUAAUAAACUUAAGCUUCAGUUGUUCCCAAUUGAUGAAGUUACCAGAAGAGCCUUGGAAAUGGAUAAUCACAAUCCACAUCUGGAGCUUACAUUAAGUACUCGGAAGAAGAUAUCAUCAGUUUUGGAACAUCUCAAUCGCAAGUGGGGAAAUUCAAGUGUGGCAUCUGGAGAACUAAUUCUCUUUCCUUAUUCAGUUCAAAGAGAAAACCUGGUGGGUUAUCAGAGAUGGACUCAGGACUCUGUUCUUAGUGCAGCAGAUGUAUAUGCACUGAUUGGGAGCCCUUCAAUUUUCCGCCUAAGGUAUGGCUGGUUUCCCAGUGGAGAGCUUGUGUCAUCAACACUGCAAGCACCUUUAAUGUCAUCUAGCGUGGUUCAGAAUGUUAAUAUGAUUUCCAACAAUAUGGAGGAACAGCAUAAGGAUUCUGUAGAAAUUACCACACCACCUGCAGUGUGCCCACCUGAGAAACUUAUUAAUCACAACAAUAAAGAACAAGAGGUAUCUCGGGCAGGAAAUGCCAUAGUGGUACACUCGUCCAUGGAGAUGCCUAAUGGGAUUGUUAGGUGCAUCGGCAUGGAUGCCAACAAUCAUUGUCAAGAAUCUUUUGAUGGGGCAGCAUCUGUGCCAUGGGACAAAAGGGAGACUGGGAACGGAGCUGUUUUAGGGGAAGAGGAGAAUAAGGAUGAUAUGCGGUUAAGAAAGAGGUCCACGCUGUCAGCUGGGGAGUGGGCUGAUAGCCUUACCAACAUUAGUGUUGGUGAUUUACUCUCAGAGGUGGCCCAUAAUGCAGUCCCUGAUAAUGUUGAUCCACCCCAGCCAGGAAGCUCAGAGUGUCUUCAGCAGGGUCCAUUUAGUUCCGACUCAUUUGAUGCUGCAAUUGCUGCUCAUAUAUACAAACAUCAAAAUAAGACUGGCUUUCAGCCUGCUGUGGCAUCUCAUGCAUCUUCCAUUUGGGAUGCUGAAGAAACAUGUGACGCCUUCUCUUUCAGAAACAUUGUUCUUCAGGAGGAGGGGCCUAGCACAUCUGCAAUUACUUCUUCAGAUGCCUGCAAGCAGAUUCUGAGAAAAAGUUUAGUGGGAUCUGGCGCUGCAGUUCAGGAUUUGCCUGAAGCGGAGGUGCCUAUGGAUGACAAACCUCUAGAUGACGAACCUGUAGAUAAAAAUAGCAGUGAAGUGCUAGAUGAGGAUGAUGAUCUUUCUAAUGAAGACCCAAUGGAUGAAUGCCUUCCUGAUACACCUAUCCUGGAAAGCUCUUCAAAGGAUCUGAAUGGGCUGACAGAUAUAUACUGGCCUGACUCAUUAGGACCGCUAGAUUUGGACAUGCCUUCCACCAGAUAUCAUUCGGAAGAUCUAAUUCUAAGUGAUAGCCUCAGUAGCUUUAACCGUCUACUUGCCAGCAGUCUCGAUGCAUUUCAGAAUUGCUCAAUCUUCGGAUUAGAUGAGAGAAAUGACAUCAAGGGUUGA